AGUCAGAUGUCGGCCCAAUGACGUGCUAUAAAAGGGAAUCCAUCGAGUAGGGUUUCCAUCUCUACCGCCGUCGUCGCUCCGUCAAAGAGUGGGACGAUCGUGUAGGAGGUCGACGCAUCUGCGCGAUGGGGAAGGGAACGGGAAGCUUUGGAAAGCGGAGGAACAAGACCCACACUCUUUGCGUCAGGUGCGGCCGGAGGAGCUUCCACCUCCAGAAGAGCCGGUGCGGUUCAUGCGGCUACCCUGCUGCACGAAUCCGCAAGUAUAAUUGGAGUGUGAAGGCAAUUAGAAGAAAGACUACAGGGACUGGAAGGAUGAGAUAUCUUCGCCAUGUGCCGCGCCGGUUCAAGAACAACUUUAGAGAAGGUACUGAAGCAGCACCAAGGAAGAAGACUGUUGCUGCAGCUGUCUAAGUGAGUGGAGAAUAUUUGCUGGGUGAUUAACUGAUCAGUUUAAAUUGUUUCUUUUUAGCUUGUCGCGUCAUGUGAGGUCUUCCAGAACUUUAUUCUUAAUCAUCUUGAAGUGUGCCCUAGUAUUCUGAAAUUUUUGAAUGAAACGAUGUUUUAUCAUCUUCAACUAAAAUGGGUAUUUCUUAUA